AUGGUGGAAGACGAAGCUCAGGAACUAGUAGAACACAUCUACAAAACCAUACACCACAACGAUUCAGCGGUAUUCAACGUGCCCACCCUGUUCAACGUCCACAUCCUGAACAGCCUGUGGAGGAUGCUAGCAGGAGUCAGAUAUGGUGCUGAAGACAACAGGAUGCGAGAGCUGCAAGGGAUCUUGAACGAGCUCUUCAGGUCCAUCUCCAUGGUUGGCACCACUUUCAGCCACUUCCCGAUUCUGAGGUAA